AUCAGCGAGUUCCUCCUCCUGGCGUUGGCAGACACGCGGCAGCUGCAGCUCCUGCACUUCUGGCUCUUGCUGGGCAUCUACCUGGCUGCCCUCCUGGGCAACGGCCUCAUCAGCACAGCCGUAGCCUGCGACCACCGCCUGCACACCCCCAUGUACUUCUUCCUCCUCAACCUCGCCCUCCUCGACCUGGGCUGCAUCUCCACCACUCUCCCCAAAGCCAUGGCCAAUGCCCUCUGGCACACCAGGGCCAUCUCCUAUGCAGGAUGUGCUACCCAGUUUUUCUUCUUUCUUUUCCUGUUUGGAGCAGAGUAUUCCAUUCUCACCAUCAUGUCCUAUGACCGCUACGUUGCCAUCUGCAAGCCGCUGCACUACAGGACCCUCACGGACUUUCUGGCCUACCUGAAACCCCAUUCCCUGGUCUCCCCAUCCCUGGACCUGGUGGUGUCAUUUCUGUACUCGGUGGUGACUCCAACACUGAACCCCCUCAUCUACAGCAUGAGGAACCAGGAGCUCAAGGAUGCAGGUAAGGAGAUGCCAGCGGGCACUGUGGAGGCAGUGGGGAUGCAGCAGGAACGGAACGGGAGGCUGGAGGAAGAUUCCUCGGGCAUACCUGUGCACACAUAG